GGAAGGGAUUUCUCGGCUUUAGUACAAACGCUGUCAUUAACUAGUGAUUUUCCCGGAGUGUGUGUGGAGCUGAAUGCAUCUUCUGACAGUGAUCUGGAGGGGGAGGAAACUUUUUCGGUUCUCCUGAGCGGUCCUAAUUAUACACGCGCAAUUGUCAUUCCGAACCAAGCAACUGUAGCCAUCACUGAUCUCUCAGUUGUAUCGCUAACGUUGGAGAAGUCAGAGUACCGUGUGACCGAAGGAGAGAUAUCGGUGAGGGUCUGUGCCAAUUUCUCCGAGUCUGACGUCAUUGACAGAACAGUACUUGCUACUCUGGAAACCUUACCCAGCGAUUCUGCAAUGGCAAUGACAGAUUUUGUUCCGGUGGUCCAAACUCUCACAUUCAAUUCAAAUGUCUUGCUUUGUGUGGACGUGGAAAUUUACGAUGACAGUGUACUAGAAGAUACAGAGACAUUCAGUAUCACUCUAUCAAGUUCUGACCCUCAGGUCAUUGUUGGAGCAGUUGGCGUGGCCUCUAUCAUUAUUUCAGACGACGAUUCUGUGGAGGUGUCUUUGCAAGGCAGUUCAUACGAAGUGGACGAGGGAUUGUCAGUAUUAGUCUGUGUCAGUCUCUCUAGCGACGUUGAAAGAAAUGUUGAGGUCACCCUGACCACAUUCAGUGAUUCUGCAACAGCAACAUCAGAUUACAUUCCAUUGGAUAGAGUAUUGACAUUCACAUCUGAUGAUGCUCUCUGCGAGAAUGUGACAACUAUUGAAGAUGACACUUUGGAAACUGCGGAAAUAUUCCAGAUUGCCUUGACAAGCUCUGAUCCUAACAUC